GAAAUGCUCGCUGCACUUCCGCUUCGUAUCGACUAUUGUCCGGACGGAGCCGCGCGGACACACAAGGACACAAAAUCACUGCGGAGGACCUUCUAAAGACACUCCAGCGAGGAAACUGCUGCUCAGUGACGAGCCCGAGUCGACGUCUUCAUAAGAAGACCUGAUGAUAUCACCUCCACAAGUCUGAAGAUAUCACCUCAACAAGUCUGAUAUCACCUCCACAAUUCUGAUGAUAUCACCUCCACAUAUCUGAAGAUAUCACCUCAACAAGUCUGAUAUCACCUCCACAAGUCUGAUAUCACCUCCACAAGUCUGAAGAUAUCACCUCCACAAGUCUGAAGAUAUCACCUCCACAAGUCUGAGGGUAUCACCUCCACAAGUCUGAAGAUAUCACCUACACAAGUCUGAUAUCACCUCCACAAGUCUGAUAUCACCUCCACAAGUCUGAAGAUAUCACCUCAACAAGUCUGAUAUCACCUCCACAAUUCUGAUGAUAUCACCUCCACAUAUCUGAAGAUAUCACCUCAACAAGUCUGAUAUCACCUCCACAAGUCUGAUAUCACCUCCACAAGUCUGAAGAUAUCACCUCCACAAGUCUGAAGAUAUCACCUCCACAAGUCUGAGGGUAUCACCUCCACAAGUCUGAAGAUAUCACCUAAAGAAGUCUGAUAUCACCUCCACAAGUCUGAAGAUAUCGCCUCCACAAGUCUGAUGAUUUCGCCUCCACAAGUCUGAAGAUAUCGCCUCCGCAAGUCUGAUGAUAUCGCCUCCACAAGUCUGAAGAUAUCGCCUCCGCAAGUCCGAAAAUAUCACCUCCACAAGUCCGAAGAUAUCACCUCCACAAGUCCGAAGAUGUCACCUCCUCAAGUCCGAUGAUAUCACCUCCACAAGUCUGAAGAUAUCACCUCCACAAGUCUGAGGAUAUCACCUCCACAAGUCUGAGGAUAUCACCUCCACAAGUCUGAGGAUAUCACCUCCACAAGUCUGAUAUCACCUCCACAAGUCUGAGGAUAUCACUUCCACAAGUCUGAAGAUAUUACCUCCACGAGGCUGAAGAUAUCACCUGCACGCAUCUGAAGAUAUCACCUCCACAAGUCUGAGGAUAUCACCUCCACAAGUCUGAGGAUAUCACCUCCACAAGUCUGAAGAUAUCACCUCCACGAGUCUGAAGAUAUCACCUCCACGAGUCCGAGGAUAUCACCUCCACAAGUCUGAGGAUAUCACCUCCACAAGUCUGAGGAUAUCACCUCCACAAGUCUGAGGAUAUCACCUCCACAAGUCUGAAGAUAUCACCUCCACGAGUCCGAGGAUAUCACCUCCACAAGUCUGAGGAUAUCACCUCCACAAGUCUGAGAAUAUCACCCCCACAAGUUUGAUGAUAUCACUAAAACAAGUCUGAAGAUAUCACCUCCACAAGUCAGAUGAUAUCACCUCCACAAGUCUGAGGAUAUCACCUCCACAAGUCUGAGGAUAUCACCUCCACAAGUCUGAGGAUAUCACCUCCACAAGUCUGAGGAUAUCACCUCCACAAGUCUGAGGAUAUCACCUCCACAAGUCUGAGGAUAUCACCUCCACAAGUCUGAGGAUAUCACCUCCACAGGUCUGAAGAUAUCACCCCCACAAGUCUGAUGAUAUCACUACCACAAGUCAGAUGAUAACACCUCCACAAGUCUGAAGAUAUCACCUCCACAAGUCUGAGGAUAUCACCUCCACAAGUCUGAGGAUAUCACCUCCACAAGUCUGGAUACAGCUACUGGUGUUCCGAGGAUCUGUAGUGUUUGACGCCAUCAGAAUGGGGAACAGCAGCAGUGACCGGGCUAGCGGGGGUCAUGGUGGGAAAGAGGCCCGGCCCAACAUCCUGAUGGACAGCACGGAGGAUGCAGACAUUUUUCAGAGGGAGGAUCAGAAGGCUCCCCAGGAAGAGCAGGAGUUUCUGGCCUGGCAGCAGGACCUGGAGAGUGACAGCAAAAGUCCAAGCCCGGCAAAGUCCACAGUCUUCCGUUGGGCGGGAAACGCCAAAGAAGUCUUUGUGUCCGGCUCCUUUAACAACUGGACCACCAAGAUCCCUCUCAAUAAAAGUCAGAACAAUUUUGUGGCAAUCAUGCACUUGCCAGAGGGAGAGCACCAGUACAAGUUCUGUGUCGAUGGGCAGUGGACUUUGGAUCCUACCGGGGCGGUGAUCACCACCAAAACCGGGACAGUAAAUAACGUUAUUCAGGUGAAAAGGACCGACUUUGAAGUCUUUGACGCUCUCAGGCUUGAUUCCCAAGAGUCUGCUGAAAUUUCAGACUUGUCCAGUUCCCCUCCUGGCCCCUACCAGCAGGACGCCUACGUCAUCAAGUCCGAAGACAAGCUCAAACAUCCUCCUAUCUUACCUCCACACCUGCUGCAAGUACUGCUCAACAAGGACACGGGGAUCUCUUGUGACCCAACACUGCUUCCUGAACCCAACCACGUGAUGCUCAAUCACCUGUAUGCCCUCUCCAUCAAGGAUGGAGUCAUGGUUCUGAGUGCAACACACCGUUACAAAAAAAAGUAUGUGACCACACUUCUCUACAAGCCAAUAUAGUGACUUCCUUGUGGACACACAUCACUCUGUUAAUAACUUUGUGUUUGCUUUAAUUAGAGCGUUUGUAUAAGCAAGGGGUGUCCAAACAUUUUCUCGCGGGGGCCGCAUACAGAAACAGUGAAGUAUGCAGUUUUUUUUAAAUACGUUUUGUAAAUGAAAGCUGUCCAAAAAGAUAGUAUAGGUUCAGCUAUCUGAACUUUGUGUUAUAGCUGACAAAGUUAAUCAGUGUAAUAUCAAUCAUCCAUCCAGCCAUGGAUUUUCUACCGCUUGUCCCUCUCGAUAUAUUAUUAGUCAUGAAUGAGUUUUCUUUUUGCACUGGCCAAGGGUCAAAGAAAAACUGAAUGAUGCUACCUGGAUGUAUGUGAACUGUAAUCAAUGGACAUGUUCUUCAGUUCAAGUCAAUAAUGUCGCUCUAAUAACCUUUGUUGCUUCUCAUCACAUCCAAGUAGUCCAUUGCUGUAUCGGACCAAAGCUGUACACGUGCAGUGCCUUUCUAUUCCAAGCUGAAAAUAGAAAGCAGGAGACCAACAAUUCUAAAUGUUCAUUUCACUUCAUUUUGUCUCGUCCAAAAAAUGAAUAAAUGUACAUUUUCACAUAAAAAGUGUGGUUAUGCAAAAA